AAAUUAGUAAGAAUAUACUAAAUGACUCAUAAGAAGACUAAAAUAGCCUUUAACAUUCUCCUGCUAUUAGUACAAUUGAAUUAGAUGAGGGGCAAGUGUGGAAUUAAUAUGGUUUAGUCCCUUUUAGCCACAUCUUGAGGGACUAGAGACUAAACCAGUUUAGUCCCUGUUUUAGUCCUACCGUUUGACAAUUUAGUAACUAAAUGAGACUAAAAUGGAGGGACUAAUCUUUAGUUCCUCAAACCAAACAUGGCCUCAGUCUUUGAUAUAAGUAAAGAUAUUGAAUAGUCGGUUGUUUUGGUCCCAUUCCACUCACCAUCUACAGAUCGAGGGCUUCAUCUCUAGUAUAGGCUCUAUGCACGACGAGCUAGGGAGUUAUGCCUGAGCUUGCUCAAAAACUAAUCCCAGUUAGGCAAUGGCAUCAGAGAACGUUGAAAAAUAAAAAUAGUCUGAAUGAAUCGACGUGGUUGGUGAUACCGCCAUGAUCUGUAGGUGAUAUCAAAUUACCCGGCAGGUACGGUAGAGACGACUUAGCUUGAAGAAAGAAAAACGACAGGAUUAGCAAGCAACGACAUCAUUGUAUAGCUAUACGUUAGCCUAACGAUGUAUACCAAGACACCGACGAAGAAAUUAACAGUUAGUUGGUUUUCACGUACGCGUUCCUCUACACGAACGACGCAUGGCUCCUGACACUUGGCCAUGUAUAUAGCUGUAGAUCUUGUCGUGAUCGAGUGCGAAAUACAUAUAUAUGCAUGCUAGUAUCGACCACUACCACCAACUAUAUAUAUCAUAUGCAUGCAUGGCAGCAUGGGUACAAGAACAACAUAUAUAUAUGAACUAGCAGCUGGGAGCCGAUGAUCGAUCCACCAAUGCAAGGCUGUUCUUCUUUUACUGCUCUGCCCAACUGGAACGUGGAGUACGCAGGAUGGGCUCCCGCCGGCUACCCCCUGGACCUGCAGGAGUCGUCGUCAGAGUCGACCGAUGAGACAUUUGGCAGCAGCUGGCUCGAGCUCCAGACAUCGUCGUCUAGCGGAGGAGCGCAGAUGGUUGAGUACGCAGGAGCAGCAGCCGCAGCAGAUACGGGAAGCCACAGGAGGACGACGACGAAGAUCCCAGCAGUCGUCAAUCCGAUCCACGUGUUUGAGGACGCAGCACGCGAGUUCAAGGUGGACAUCGACACGAUGAAGAUGAAGAUCCACAUGUACCCUCCGAGCAUCCAAGUCUUCGACGACGAGUCCUUCACCGUCCCAAGGCUGGUGGCCAUCGGGCCGUACCACCACGGCCGGACCCAGCUGAGGCAGGCGGAGAAAGCCAAGCACGUGGCGGCCUACCACUGCGUCACGGAGUCGGGCCACUCGGUCCAGGACCUGUACGACGCGGUCGCCCUCGCCGCCUCCGACGCGCGGGGCCGGGGCCUCUACGACAGGGACGCGCUGGCGCGGACCAGCCGCCACGACUUCCUCGCAAUGAUGUUCUACGACGCCUGCUUCCUGGUGCAGUACUUCGCCUGCCGCACGGCGGUCGACGGUUCGGCCGCCGGCGCCAUGGACAUGGACCCGUCGCUGCGUAGCUUCUUCGACCUCAACCGCAAGGCCAUCCGCCACGACAUCGUGCUGCUCGAGAACCAGAUCCCCUGGCCCGUGGUGGAGGCCGUCAUGCGCUUCAGGCCCGUGGACCUGGACGCCUUCGUCGCGUUCUGGAAGCAGUACCUGCAGGACCGGAAGGUGCUCGGCGACAAGACGAAGCACCAGCCAGCUGCUCAUGCUGUCGACGGCGGCGGCGGCGGCUUCGAGUCCCAGUUCCAGCCGCCGCAUCUCCUCGGCCUCCUCCGGUUCCACAUCGUCGGAAGAGGCAACACCACCAGGCCGCCCACCCAGGCCAGGAGCACGAGCAACACGAUAUCCUUCUCGGUCGGCGCCGUCGAGCUCGCCGAGAUCGGCAUCAACCUCAGAGCCGACAUGGGGACCACGGAGCUCAUCCACAUGGGCGUCCGCAAGAGGGGAGUCUUCGCCGAGCUGUCCAUGGCGCCGCUGUCGCUGGACGACGAGCGCGCCAGCUUCCUCAUCAACAUGGCGGCUCUCGAGCUGUGCGCGACCUCCAACUUCCAGGAAGCCGAGCCUGAAGACUCCGCGGUGUGCUCCUACCUUCUCCUCCUCUCCCUGCUGGUGCACAGGGAGGAGGACGUGCAGGAGCUGCGGACCAAGCAUCUCCUGCAGGGAGGAGCGGGGCUCAUCAACAAGGACGCGCUGCACUUCUUCACGAGGCUUCAGAGCCUGCCCCUGCGCGGAUCCAGCUGCUAUGUCCGCAUCAUGAUGGAGAUCGACAAGUACAAGGUCAAGAGGCGGAUGCAGAUCAAGGUGCAUGCGUUUUUCUAUAAGAACAAGAGAACCAUCUUCACCAUCUUCUCCGUGCUUGGUGUACUUGUCAGUAUCUUGGGGACGCUCAUGUCUCUCAAAAAGCGUUCUAUGCUUUAGAUGUCUAUGUAGCUACUUGUUAUGCUGGUCGUCGAAAUGUAAGAGUUCAAAUAAUGCCGAUAUCUAUACUCUAUACUAUAUUUAAAGUACUAGUUUCAA